AUGCGUGGUAUCCGGCCACGACAACAAACCCUGCGACCUGUGCAACCUUCAACGUUUUGGAGACAUUUCGCUUCCUGCGCUCCAUCGCAAAACAUCAAUGUCCAAGACUAUGUGCGCACGUUGGAGAAGUUGACGGAUUCAACCGGACUGGAAAAGGUCCCAGAUCGUCGCGUUGCUUUCGGUCGAAUGGCUCGACAAUACAGCUAUCUUAAAAUGAUGAAGCGUGGAGGUCGCGGGCAUGAAGCCAAUGGAAUUGUAACUACGCCGCCAGGGGCGUUGGCUGUGCGUUGCUGGGCAUGCCCAGAUGCUUCUCGUAACUUGCCUUCCGGAUGGGACAAGGUUCCGGAGUCGAAGGCAUACUUGUAUAAGCUCAUGUUGGCAUUCGAUGCCAAUUUCCGCCUGAAGAACAAGCUUCGUGCUGGAGAACGCAUGGAUCCGGCGUUGACCGAUGGCUUGGGAUACUUCACGAUCUGGACCAUAUAA